CUCCGGUGCGGUUGUGGCGGCCCGUGUUUGGGAAAAACUCUACCGGGUAGCUCGACGCGGGUCGAAGCCCUAGAAAGCGGUGGUGCCGCCCUACAACCUUCGUCCCCAGCUCCCGCGGCUGGCUCCGCCUCUCCUCGAAGCUUUCCCACCACCUAAAAUGGCGGCGGAAGUGGAUUUUGGCGACCUAGAGCUGUUCGAGGCGUUCGACCCCCCGGAGGAGUCGACUCCGAAGCCCGUUCACACCCGCUUCAAGGACGACGGCGACGAGGAGGACGAGGAGGAGGAAGAGGAGGACGAGAAUGGGUGCGGCGACGCGGAGCUGCGGGAGCGGCUUCGGCGGUGCGAGGAGACCGUGGAGCAGCUCCGCGCCGAGAAUCAAGAACUUAAAAGAAAAUUGAACAUUCUGACUCGACCCAGUGGAAUAUUGGUGAACAAUACUAAAUUAGAUGGACCUUUAUUGCAAAUUCUAUUUAUGAACAAUGUUAUUUCAAAGCAAUAUCAUCAAGAAAUAGAGGAAUUUGUGUCAAGUUUAGUAAAAAGAUUUGAGGAACAGCAGAAAAAUGAUGUGGAAAGAACGUCCUUUAAUCUUUUGCCCCAGCCAUCCAGUGUCGUGUUGGAAGAGGACCAUAAAGUAGAAGAAUCCUGUACCAGGAAAAACAGCAAGGAAGCUUUCAGUGUUGUAGGAAGUGUCCUGUAUUUUACUAAUUUUUGCCUUGAUAAAUUGGGGCAACCGCUUCUAAAUGAAAACCCUCAGCUUACCGAAGGAUGGGAAAUACCCAAGUACCAGCAAGUCUUCAGCCACAUUGUUUCUCUAGAAGGGCAAGAGAUACAAGUAAAGGCAAAAAGGCCAAAGCCUCACUGUUUCAAUUGUGGUUCGGAAGAGCAUCAGAUGAAAGACUGCCCGAUGCCCCGGAAUGCUGCACGAAUCAGUGAGAAGAGAAAAGAAUAUAUGGACGCCUGUAGUGAGGCAAACAAUCAGAAUUUUCAGCAGCGAUACCACGCAGAAGAAGUUGAAGAAAGAUUUGGAAAAUUCAAGCCAGGUGUGAUAAGUGAGGAACUUCAAGAUGCCCUGGGGGUGACGGACAAGAGUCUCCCCCCUUUUAUCUACCGGAUGCGCCAGCUAGGAUACCCACCAGGGUGGCUCAAGGAGGCUGAGUUGGAGAACUCAGGGCUUGCCCUCUACGAUGGAAAAGAUGAUGCUGAUGGAGAGACGGAAGUUGGAGAAAUACAUCAGAAUAAAAGUGUCACUUAUGAUCUCUCAAAAUUGGUGAACUACCCAGGUUUUAAUAUAUCGACUCCCAGAGGAAUUCCAGAUGAGUGGAGGAUCUUUGGUUCCAUCCCCAUGCAGGCCUGUCAGCAGAAGGAUGUGUUUGCCAGUUACCUGUCUUCUAACUUCCAAGCGCCCAGCGCUAAGUCCAGCAGCAAGCGGUCUUCGUCACAGUCUAGCUCUGGUAGCCCGAAGAAGCAGAGGAGGGAAGGCAGCUCCGCAGCCUCGCCUGCCGACAUGGAGCUGGACUCGGAUGCUGAAGCAGCCCAAGGCUCCCAGAGCGCCAGCGCCUUCCAGUUCCAGCCACCGCUGCCCCGAGGGACCCCACCGCCCGUCUUCGUGCCCCCGCUGCCCAAGGGUACCCCACCGCUCACACCCAGUGCUUCGCCGCAGCCUCGGGGCACGGCCACGGUGGAUGAGGAUGCGCUGACCCUGGAGGAGCUGGAGGAGCAGCAGCGGCGCAUCUGGGCGGCCCUGGAGCAGACGGAGGGCACUGCCAGCGACUCAGACCCGCCGCUGGACACUCCCCUUACCGGGACCUCCGUGGCCUCAUCGCCCUGUCCCCACGAGCUGGACCUCCAGGUCCCAGAGGAGAAGGUCCUGGAGGCGCCCGAGGCACCAGCCCCCAGUGCAGAGACUGCGGGCGCCGAGCGGGCCCCAAGUCCAGCCCCGGAGGCCACACAGAUUGGCCCGGGCCCACAGGAGGAGCUGGGGCCUGAGCCCGAGCCCGAACCUGAGUCCAAGCCCGAGCCCGUAGAGCCUGAAUCUGCAGAGCCUGAAUCCGUGGAGCCGGAGCCCGAAGCCGCCCCACUCGGCAACGGCACAGCUGUGCCAAACUGCAACAUCAGCAACGGGGGCGACCCCAGGCCUCCGACCGCCCCCCAGCUGCACAGCCCCGUCCCAGACAUGAGCAGGUUCGCCAUGGGGAUCACACCCUUUGAGUUCGAGAACUUGGCCGAGUCCACGGGGAUGUACCUGCGCAUCCGCAGCCUGCUCAGGAACUCGCCCCGCAACCAGCAGAGGAACAAGAAGCCCGAGUGACAGCCCCUGCCGGGCACAGUGCCACUCAGCCCCGCGCCCCAGGACUCCCGGCCCCGGGCUCGGCCCGCUUUAAAGAGUAGAAAGACAGCUCCGCGUGGCUGUUUUAUUCUGAGUGAGGAAGCGGGGUGGGGGCCGGUUACAGAUGCUGCGUUUCAGGGUUUACUGUUUUCAGAUUGUGGAUGUCCCUCGAGAGUGAUGUUUUUUAAUCAUCUUUUGUACAUUGUUUUCCCUUUCUACUUUUUGCUAAUUAUCCUGUAAACAAGUUUAAUAUAUCACUUUUUAAAGGAAAAAAAACUAGCCAUUUGAAAUUCAUAGCCCAACUCCGACAACCAAAUGAGAAAAAUCAGGGAUGAGCUGCUUUUCCCCAUUUGGGACAUUUUUGUAAGACUGCGGGCUCCAGUGUUAGCAACACUUUUACUGUUUGUAACUUCACUCUCCAAACAGAAGCUUACUAUAGGGUAUGUUCCCCUCUGGGUACAGAGAGUUAAUAAAUUAAUUUUCAUACACAUACUGAAAAAAAAGGUUUCACAGUUAAGUAUUUACCUUUAUGUUUGAAAGAAAAUUUUGUGGUUGCACAAGUUAUUGAUAAAAAAGGAAACAAGAAAAUUGCAAGUAUGGAUGCAUUUAGUGGACUUUAGCCCUAAAUACAGAAACCAAAAUGCUUUAAAAGUAGUUGUUAUUUUGAAAAAAAUGAAGAGAGGGGAGCUACCCUUCAUACAAAAAUAGACACUCAAUUUGAACUCACAAUGUUAUGAAACAAGUUGAUUGCUUUUUUUCUUCUUUUUGGUUUUUUGUUUGUUUUAAGACAGGCUUCCUUUUCUGUCAGUUAAACUGAGGGGAAAAAAAAGCCCAGGUAACACAGAGAAGUGAAAGGGCUUGGCGCUGUGUACAGUGUGCUGCCUAGCAGGCUUGUGCGGGUGCACACCUGUAAUCCCAGCACGCCGGGAGGCUGAGGAAGGAGGAUACCAGGUUCUAGCCCAGCUUGGUUUAGUGACUUAACAAGACCCUGUCUCAAAGCGGAAAAUCUUGGGCUGGGCAUACAGCACAGCACCUGCCUUGCAAGUGCUUGGUCAUGUUUUCUAUUUCCUGUACAAAAAAAGAAACAAAAUUUUGUAAAGGGCUGGGGGCAUAGGUCAGUGCAGAGGUCCUGGGUUCAAGUCCUAGUACCACAAUAAAAUAAAAAUGUGGAUCGUGGAAGAUCAGUCUUCAAGGGAAAACUUGACUAUUCCUUAAACUAUAGAAGUCAUUGUUCAAAUGUGCUCUCAGCAUUGCAUUGGUAAGUCUGCAGAUACCAGGGCUACCAAACAGUUACCUCCUAGCCAUACGGCAGGUAGCGUGCUAAAGUGGCUUUGUACUUUACCCCAUUUCACACUUGCCAUGUUGUGUGGCUUCUGUUGACUUGUUUUCUGUAGAGGGAAUCCCUAAGCCACAUAGGAAUCUUAAGACACCAAAGUCCCCACCUCUGAACUCCAUAUCCAGCCUGCCUGGAACAGUUCUGUAAGCCUCGGGUUAAUCAAAAAUAUGGGUCUGAGCUGGGUGUGAUGGGGUACACCUAUAAUCCCAGAAUAGGGGAUGCCGAGGCAGGAGGAUUAUUGUGACCAUUGUGAUCACUGAGACCAGUCUGGGCUACAAAGUGAGCUCAAGGCCAGCCUCAACUGCAUAGCGAGACCCUGUCUCAAAAAGACAAAAAAAAAAAUGGGAGAGGGGGUCCUAUUUCAUCUGUUUAGUUACUUUUUGAAGACUGUGUCCCAUAUGUUUUGGGUCAAUAAAAGUAUUAAUAGCCAUA